AUGGUUGGUUGCUUACUAGAGGAGAGCGACAACAAUAAGGAGAACCUCCCACCAAAUUCACAGUCCAGAUCCUCGUCUUGUAAAGGCAGGAAAAGAGUGCCGAUCCAGCAUUGCCAGAACCACUGUGAGAUGUCUAAACUAAGCGACGUUGUGGCCCGGCUGCAGAUGGAACAAGAGGAGAGGUACAUGGAGGUCGUCAUGUCCGGCGCUGAGAAGCUUCAGAGCAAGCUCCAGACUGAAAUGGCUUCCCGGAUACAGUUUGAUUCGACCUUUUAGCUUCAGCUUUAUGUGAAUUUUAUGUACAAUAGUUCAUUGUUGUUGUGAAAUUCUUGUUACCUCUUUCAUUUAUACUUCCUGAAUGCUUAUUGUAUUCCUUAUAUACUUUUUGUAUAGUAACUAGUAAGUUGUAUUGUAUAAUACAUAAAAAGAACUUUGUUUUUGUA